CAUGAGCUGUCCACAGGCUUCCUGAACUUGGCUGUGUUCACCCGUGAGGUGGCCGCACUCUUCAAGAACCUGGUUCAGAAUCUGAACAACAUUGUCUCUUUCCCCCUGGACAGUCUGAUGAAGGGGCAGCUGAGGGACGGGCGACAGGAUUCCAAAAAACAGCUGGAGAAGGCAUGGAAGGACUAUGAAGCCAAAAUGGCCAGGCUGGAGAAGGAGCGAGAUCGGGCCAGGGUGCCAGGAGGGAGCCCUGGGGAGGUGACCCAGGACACGCAGAGAGAGCGGCGUGUCUUCCAGCUACACAUGUGUGAGUACCUGCUCAAAGCUGGGGAGAGCCAGAUGAAGCAAGGUCCUGACUUCCUUCAGAGCCUCAUCAAGUUCUUCCACGCCCAGCACAACUUUUUCCAAGAUGGCUGGAAGGCUGCUCAGAGCCUGUCCCCCUUCAUCGAGAAGCUGGCAGCCUCAGUACAUGCACUGCGUCAAGCCCAGGAGGAGGAGCUACAGAAGCUAACCCAGCUCCGGGACUCCCUCCGAGUGACUCUGCAGCUUGACAGCAGAGAGGAGCACUUGAGCAGGAAGAACUCAGGAGGUGGCUACAGCAUCCAUCAACACCAAGGCAACAAGCAGUUUGGGACUGAGAAGGUGGGCUUUCUGUACAAGAAAAGUGAUGGAAUUCGAAGAGUCUGGCAGAAAAGGAAGUGUGGGGUCAAGUACGGCUGCCUGACCAUCUCACACAGCAUGAUAAACCGGCCCCCAGUCAAGCUGACGCUACUGACGUGCCAAGUGAGGCCAAACCCUGAGGAGAAAAAGUGCUUCGACCUGGUGACCCACAACCGGACGUACCAUUUCCAGGCAGAGGACGAACAUGAAUGUGAGGCGUGGGUGUCAGUGCUGCAGAACAGCAAGGACGAAGCCUUGAGCAGCGCCUUCCUCGGGGAGCCCAGAGGCAGUCUAGGGUCCUGGGGGGGCACUGGGCUGGAUGGGGAGCCCCAGGACCUCACGAAGCUGCUCAUCGCCGAGGUGAAGAGCAGGCCCGGGAACGGCCAGUGCUGCGAUUGCGGAGCUGCAGACCCCACGUGGCUCAGCACCAAUCUGGGCGUGCUCACCUGCAUCCAGUGCUCUGGUGUCCACCGUGAGCUGGGCGUGCGCUUCUCUCGCAUGCAGUCCCUCACCUUAGACCUGCUGGGCCCCUCCGAGUUGUUGCUGGCCUUAAACAUCGGAAACACGUGCUUCAAUGAGGUGAUGGAGGCCCAGCUACCCUCACAUGGUGGCCCUAAACCCUCAGCUGAGAGUGACAUGAGCACCCGCAGGGACUACAUUGUGGCCAAGUAUGUGGAACACAGGUUUGCCCGCCAGUCCCCAUCUGAUCCUCAGAGACUCAGGACAGCCAUUUGCAACAGGGACUUCCUGUCAGUACUGGAGGCCUUUGCUAGUGGGCAGGACUUCGGACAGCCUCUGCCAGGGCCUGAUGGGCAGGCACCUGGAGAGCUUGCCUUGCACUUGGCUGUCAAAGUUGCCAACCAGACCUCCCUGCCCCUGGUGGAUUUCAUCAUCCAGAAUGGGGGUCACCUGGAUGCCAGGGCUGCAGAUGGGAACACUGCUUUGCACUAUACCACCCUCUACAACCAACCUGACUGCCUCAAGCUGCUACUGAAGGGGAGAGCUUUGGUUGGCACAGUGAACGAGGCAGGAGAGACAGCUCUGGACAUAGCCAGGAAGCAGCAGCACAAGGAGUGUGAGGAGCUGCUGGAGCAGGCCCAGGCUGGGACCCUUGCCUUCCCUCUGCACGUGGACUACCCCUGGGGAAUUUCCACAGAGCCUGGUUCUGACAGUGAGGAGGAUGAGGAAGAGAAGGUGGGUCCUAGCCCUGCCCCUCAGGCUUCUAGAUGGCAAGAGGAAAGAGACAUAUGGGACCUGGUGUGGGUAGGGGGAGGGCUGAACUGGAGGAACGAGGCUGUUCUCCUUUCCACACUUUUGUCUCAGCAGCGCUGCCCUCUGAAGCCCCCAGCCCAGGCCCGGUGGGCCGGUGGGAGGCUGGACAUCAGCAACAAGACCUAUGAGACUAUCGCCUGCCUGGGACCAGCCACCCCUCAGAGCCAGAAUGAGGACUGUCCCCCACCUUUGCCAGUGAAAAACUCUUUUCGGACCGUGGUCCAUGGGCGUGCGGGACAUGCCAGUGGAGAUUGUUCUGAAGUCCCCAGCCUGAGUCUGGAGCCCCCUGAGGCUUCUGAGAGCCUGAGCAGUCCAGCUUCCUACUCCUCCAGCCUCACAAGUCCUGUGGAACCUGGGAGUCCCAGCCAAGCCCUGCCCAACUCUGAGGAGGGCCUUCGGGAACCCCUAGGCACUUCCCGACCCAGCCUGACAUCUGGGACCACCCCUGCAGAGUUCUAUCCCCCUGUUAGGUUCAGCUCUGAGAGCACUCGCUCCUAUCGGCGGGGUGGCCGGAGCCUAGAAGACGGUCUCUCAGCCAGGCAGCCUGUGCCCAGAAGGAACAUGCCGGCUGGCUUCACUGAAGGAGAUGGCUCAAGGGCUGGGGUUCUCCCAGCAAGUUCAGUACAACUUUUGCAAGACUAGCUCCUUGCUGACCCCUGCAUGCCCCAUGCUGGACCCCAGUGUUCAGAGCUGAGACCUGAGCCCAUAAGACUGGGGAGCUGAGGCGUUCAUUCUCUUGGGUCUUGCUCUCUCUGUCCCUUGUGCCUCUGUGGCUGGCCUUCUUCCUGCCAUGGGCCAUGCCCCUACCAAGGACAAUGGGCCCUUCCAUAUUAGGGCCGAUGGCAGUUCUUUCCCCUCUAUCUAAUUACCUCCCAUGGGCAAGGAAGCCCCUGUGGCUGGAGCUGAGCACUCCUGAGCUAGCUGCAGCUGCAGAACUCUCAGUCCCUCAUCAGACCAGGACUGUGUUUCUCCCAUCAGUCUGGAGGCUCUACAGGGCUCACCAGCCUUCCAUCAUCAUUCUCCACAUCUAAAUCAGGGACUCUGCCAGACUAGGGACUGUCUUCUCAGCCAUUUAUUAGUCCAGUAUUCUUUUAUUGAAUUCCAACUCUAUGUCCAGGCCUGUAUUAGGCAUUGUGGAUGCCACAUAAGACAAGGACUCUACAGCUGUGGUCCCUUGCUGGAAAGCUGGUGGCAAGGGUUGGGCUUGGGAAUGAGCCAGGCCAUAUUCCAGAGGAUAGUUGUGGGCUCAGGGGCAGGAGCAACAAUCAGCUGUUUAUACCUGUAUGACCACUGAAGUUGUCUACAGCCCAUAUCCAUUCUGGUUGGUCAGUAUCCAUGCUGUACUGACUAUUAAAUAAAUAUUCUGAAUGUCACUCCUUUUGAGGGACAGCACAGCCUUCCCUGGGAUCUCUCCUAAUUUCCCCGGCCAGGAAGUAGAGGAGGACUCACACACACAUUUGCCUACUCUUCUGAUUUAGCAGGAAGGAAAGGAAUGAUCUGGGAUGAUUGAUCCCCGCUUCUCUCCUCCUUUUCUUGGUCAACUCAGGAGGCUUCCAGCCUCAGGGGAGUGAAGGGCAAAAAUGAGAAAGGAGAGUGAUAGAAAUGGGAGGACAGAGACUUCAGGGUUCUCCUUCCCAGGCUAGAAAUUGCACCAUUGCUCAGCCUGAUUAGAAAACAGAUGCACCUAAGCCAUCAUCAGCCACUAACAUCUCGAUUUUGUGGUUGCUGGGUCCUGGGCCCUGCUAGGGAUGGGGAGACCAGAGAGUGCCAAAGGCCAGUGCAACGGUCUGGCCUGGGCGGCUGGGCUGUUUACCUGGAGACCCGACUGUUUUUUGGUCCUACAGGAACAUGGUUGGCUUUUUAGCCCCCAGUGUCGGUUUUGUUCAUCUCAGACUUAUUUCACUCAUCUCUAAUAAAGGAUUUUUGGGGUAAA